AGCUAGCUCUCUCCAUCAUCCCAACAAUUGCAACACGCGAUCGUUCAAAGAAUGACGGAUGAGAUAGUGGCGCUCGAACCCGCCACUACACACGUGGCUCGUCGCUCCAAACUCGACGAACUUCUACAGUCGGUCGCCACCGGUGGAGCCACUCCGAGAAGCAACUCGUGGAGCCGAGAACAGCAAGCGGACAUGCAGGCCCACCAGCUCACACAAUAGAGCAUGAAUCGCCCACGUGUAAAAGAGUUUGAAGAUGACGAUAAGGAUAAGCGAGACAAUGCAGAUGCCGCAUUCCGUGAGUGGUUAAAGAGAAAAGCAGCAGAGCCAAGAACACCAAGAGCAUCCCCAUCCAGAGAAGCUAUAUCUAAACAUUUGAAAGAUGAAGCCCGCCAACGUGUCAUCAACCAGUGGCACAACAACAAACGGUUCACUGUAAAAAUCGAUGCAUACGUCAAUGGAACAAACACAUCACAGAAGACAGAUGGGAACCAAACGCUGUAGGCUUCAACUCGUGUAGAGAAUUAACCGUAUUCCAUCCAUGAAAUUGAAACUAGUGAUUAUGUCGAGACGCUAUUAAUUGUUUCUUUCGGUAGUUCAAGUUUUAACAUUUUUUAUCAAUCUACAGCUAUAUUCUGAACUUUUUUCCGUGUAGGAAAAUAUUCACAGAUAAGAAAAACAAUAAUCCACUAUUUUCGUUCAAAACCAAAACCAAAACCUGAAAGCUAUGCAUAUACUUGCCACGUUCUUGUGGAUUUCCAUGAUCUUUGAUUUGUUCCUUAUUCAUUCUAUUCUUAGGACAUACUGACUGGUUUCUCACUCACUCUUUUCCUCUCCCUUUGUCCAUUUUUAUUCUAUUCAAAAAUUAUUGUUCAAUUCGUUUUCAAAAUUCCACCAUUCCACAAUGUCCCCGUUUUUUCUUCAUUUUUUUUAAACUUUACAUGCACAACUAGUGUUUUUAAUAAUUUGUAAUCCAAUUUUCAUAUGUAUGCAAAGAAAUAAAGAAAAGCAUAAAACGUGUGUUCUUUAG